GUCAUGUUCUUCAGGUUUUAACGACUUAGUUCCAAUUCUUUGUCUUGGAUUUUUUAAUUUUCUUGAUUUUGGCUCAUAUUUUCUUUUCUAGCCCGUGACUUGUGUUUUGGAAAUCAGAGGUUAAUGUUGUUUUUUUCCUGUUGGAGUUCGAAUCGGUUUGUGUUGGCUUCAGUUUUGUUUGGUUGCUGAGAAAAUGUUGGAAGCAAUAAGGGCGCCGCUGAAAUGGAUCGUAUAGUCAUGGCAACCGCAACUAUGGCCACAGCAGCCGGUGCUGCUGCUCUUUUGUACUACACAUUGAACCGUAAAUUACGGUCGAAUGGGUCUCAUGACGAUGAUAAUGAUGAUGAUGGUGAUGAAAAUGGUAGUGAUGCCACUACUGACAUUCGUUUAGGUAUUGACCGUGUUUCACAUAGGCUAAUUCAAGCACCUGCUACAUGGUUAGAGACGAUUUCGACAUUGUCAGAGACUCUUAGGUUUACUUACUCUGAAACUCUGGGGAAGUGGCCCAUUGGGGACUUGGCAUUUGGGAUCAGCUUUCUUCUGAAGAGGCAGGGAAACUUACAUGUUGCUAGUGUAUUUGGUGGUAAAGACAGUUUACUGCUCAAAGGACCAGAUAUAGCUGCUGAACUUAGAUACCUCUUAAACUUGUUGACGCUAUGUUGGCAUUUUUCAAAAAAACCGUUUCCUGUAUUUUUAGAGGAGACUGGCUAUUCCAAAGAGAGUGUUAUCCUUCAGGAACCCAAAGCAGGAAUCUUAAAGCCAGCUUUCACAAUUUUAGUUGACCACGACAUGAAAUGUUUUCUCUUAUUGAUUCGUGGGACCCAUAGUAUCAAGGAUACUCUUACGGCUGCUACUGGGGCUGUUGUACCUUUCCAUCACAGCGUUGUGCAUGAGGGAGGAGUAAGCAAUUUGGUUUUAGGUUAUGCGCACUGUGGGAUGGUUGCGGCUGCUAGGUGGAUUGCAAAGCUUGCUACUCCUUGUCUUAUUAAAGCCCUUGGUGAAUAUCCUGGUUAUAAAAUCAAGAUAGUAGGGCACUCUUUAGGUGGAGGCACUGCAGCACUUCUAACAUAUAUACUGAGAGAGCAGAAAGAGUUCUCAAAAACCACCUGUGUUACCUUUGCUCCGGCUGCUUGUAUGACGUGGGAAUUGGCAGAAUCAGGCAAUGACUUUAUUACUUCUGUUAUAAAUGGAGCAGACUUAGUGCCUACAUUCUCAGCUGCUUCAGUGGAUGACUUGCGUGCUGAGGUGACUGCCUCUGCUUGGCUUAAUGAUUUGAGGAAUCAGAUUGAGCGUACUAGAAUUCUCAGUACUGUCUAUAGAUCUGCUUCAGCACUGGGUUCUCGUCUUCCAUCCAUUGCUAGUGCUAGAGCAAAAGUUGCUGGGGCAGGGGCUAUUUUGCGCCCAGUUUCAAAUAGUACACAGGUUGUGAUGAAGAGAGCUCAGAGCAUGGCUCAGGCGGCAUGGACACGUCCUACGCUUCACUUGUCUUCUUGGUCAUGCAUGGGUCCCCGUCGACGGGCCACAGCUGCUCAUAUGACCUCAAAAGAGGAGGGGAGUUCUCCUGAAUCUUCCUCUACUAAUGUAGAAGCUUCUGAGCAUCUUCUUUCAUCCCCUAAGAAGACCGCAACCACAACUGCCCUUGAAAGCAUUGAGCUUCCUGUGUCUUCGUCUGUAGGAACAAAAUGGGCAUCAGAGAUUGAAUGUUCUUACUCUGAUGAAAUAGGUCCAGAUGCUGAUGGCAAUGCUGAUCUCAGUGAUGGUGAGGAUAUAGUUAGCCAUAGUAGUCACGAAGACCGCAUGACUGAAGUUGAGUUAUGGCAACAACUUGAGCAUGAGCUUUAUGAUCGGACAGAAGGUGAGGAGGUUGAUGUGGCAAAGGAAAUAAGAGAAGAAGAAGAAGCAGCCAUUGCAGAGGUAGGUGAGGACCAGCCAGAGAGCUCUACACGAGAAAUAAAAGAGGCACACAGAUUUUUCCCUCCAGGGAGGAUUAUGCAUAUUGUUACCCUUCACUCCGAUGGUGCAGAGUGUGAAAGUGAUGGUCACCCUACAACCAGUGACUUGGACAAUGGGCGGCUAGAAGAGACAAAGGUCGGGAUUUUCCUCACUUCAAGAUCACUGUAUAGUAAACUGAGGUUGUCACAAACCAUGAUUAGUGAUCAUUUCAUGCCGGUCUAUAGAAGGCAGAUUGAUAGAUUAAUCAAAGAAUUUGAGGAGGAAGGUAUCGUUGAUGACCAUAAGACUGGAGAAGUAGUUUUAUAGGGAAAAGGAUUCUUCCAACAAAUAGUUGUUAAUAAGAACAAUAGAAAAAGGAACCCUAAUUGUUUACCUCAUUGGUUUUGAAGGCUGGCUACCUAGACAGAGUAGUAGUCCAUUGCUUUGCUGCAGUGUGGUGGUAGAAAGCCACCAGAGUCGGAUUCCUUGACUGGUGAACCAUGGAAACGGUAUCAUUUUUGCUGCUCUGAAAAUGAUGUUGGAAGGUCAUCUCGAUUACGUAUACAGCAACCAAAAUCGCAGUCUCUGUAUAUUGGAGUUUUGAGGUCACGAACUUACUCUUUUAUUCUCAAUUGAUUGAUUCGAUUUGAUGUUUGUCA